GAGAGAGACACACACACAGAGAGAGAGAGAGAGAGAGAGAGAGAGAGCGAGGGAGAGCAAGAGAAAAGUUAGCUGAGCUCGGAGCUCUCACAAAUCACUUUGUCACCAGCAAGCUCUGACAAGCACCAGGAGAGAGGGAGCGUUCAGGGAGAAAGGGAGGGAGACAGCGAGUUAAAUAGAGGUACGAAGAGGGAAUUGUGUCAGAAGAGACUGAGAAGGGGCAAAAACGAGGUGGAUGGAUGGAUAGAGGGAAGAGAGGACAUAGACUCGACUUCAUUCUGAUUCCUGAAUCAGCCUGAGCUAAGGACUGUUGCUCCUGCUACUGCUGCUGUUUCUGCUGAUGUGUCUGGAUGCUACACUCAUUUAAAGAGAAGGUGUGUCCAACUUUUUGUUACAUGGGGGGGGGACAGUGUUUGACAUAAGGAGCAUUUAGCUGGGAUUAUAUCUUCUGACAGCAUCCCCCUUGAGCUGUUUUUUUUGUUGUCGUCUCAGGCCGGAUACAAAGAGAGCACACACUUUCAUUUUAUUGUGUUUUAAGGGUGAUGCUGAUUCAGGGGAAAAAAAAGAGCUUGUAAGUGUUGAAAGCUAUUUUUUUUCAUGAGCUGCAGCUGUACACAGAUCACAUGCUGUUAUUGCAAAAAGAGGUAGUCAGAGUGAAGAGCGUUACAAGUUAAUCAGAUGUUUUCCUGUAGUGACAUAUCUUAAUCACUCACUGCAUAGAGUUGUUACUGGUGUACAAUAAGAGAGGUUUGAAUACUUUCUGUGAUUGGACAGAGGACAUUUGAUUAGAGCUGGGGGCGACUCAAAGCUCCUGAGAGUUUUUAUCUUUAAAGAAAGCCGGAGGUCAUCUGAUCAAAACUUCAAAAAACAGAGAAAUAGGAAGGCCAUUUUGUUCCACUUAGCAGUCAGGACUUAUCAUCGCAAUUUUCCUCCUCCUUAGAGACACCGGGACACACUAAGGGCUAUUUGACACAACAUCCAUGUACAGAACAGUCCUGGACGAUUAGUCAGGAGACCUGGUUGGUGAAGACGGACAGAAAGUGAAGUCGGCUGAAAAGCCUUUGGAAUCAAAUAUUAAGUAAGGCGACUCUGCCAACACUGCUCUUCAUUCAGCCUCAAAGUGUUACACACACAUUUGACCGGCUGUUCUCUGGGCGGCAAGUAAAGAGAGACUGCCUAGUGAGCAAUACAGCUGACACGUGGAGGCAGAUAUAUACAUGCUUGAAGUGGGACGGGGUAUGAUUUAAUAUUGUGUGUGGAGGCUUGAAAACCAUAUCAACCCCAGUUUGCUCUGUGGGUACAGAACCAGUUCUUCUGACUAUUUGAGGGUUGUUAGAUUGUUUUGUUUUUUUUGCUGUCGGAUGCUGUUGAGGUCUCCUGAGGGCGCUGUGUGUGUGUGUGUGUGUGUGUGUGUGUACAUGUUUAGCUGGGCUCUAUUAGCUUUUGACAGCUCCACUCUGGACUCACAUCAGCCUCUGAGACGUCAUUGUGUUGCCUGUGUUUGUUGAGUCAGAGGCUGGCUCAUCACUCCCUGUCUGUCUGUCUGUCUGUCUGUCUGUCUACUGGGAUUCUCUCCACCUGCUUCACUGCACAAGAGGACACAAGUGUUAGGUGCUUUUCCGCAGCAGCAGCAGCAGCAGCAGCAGCGACAGCGGUGGCACCAGCAGUCGGGACUCUCCACACUACUCGUAUUGUUCUGCUGUGUGUAAACACCUUGCGUCAGCGACACCUCUCCACUGAGUGAUUCACAGCUCACUGAGCAUCCCCUGUCCCGGGCAGGCAGUGAGAGAAAGGUGAGGGGAGGAAUUUUCUAAGAACCAGAGUGUCAAAGAGCUUUCAAACGGGUCAGGUUGGCAACCAUGAAGCUGGCACUCCUGAUGCUGAUGGCGGUGUACACAGUGGGCAACGUAAGCGGCAUGUCUACAUGUAAGACACUGGACCUGGAGAUGGUGAAGAAAAAGCGCAUCGAGGCCAUCAGGAGCCAGAUACUCAGCAAACUGCGCUUGCCCAAAGAGCCCGAGUCGGAUCAGGCCGGAGAUGAUGAGGAAAUACCCAACACCCUGCUGUCGCUCUACAACAGCACCGAAGAGAUCCUGAGGGAGCAGCGGACCGCGGUCCAGACUGACAUCUCCACUGAACAGGAGGAGGAGGAGUACUUCGCCAAGGUGGUGCACAAGUUCAACAUGACAGGUACAAACGGUACAAAGAUCGGCCAGAAGUCCAAAAACAUCCCAAUGUUCUUCGACAUCUCUGAGAUUCGGAAGAGUGUGGGGGAUUACCGCCUGCUGACCAACGCGGAGCUACGGAUGCUAAUCAAGCAAACAAACAUAGCCGAGGAACAGCGAGUGGAGUUGUACAAGGGCCUGGGGACCUCGGCCCGCUAUCUGGCUUCCCGUUUCGUCACCAACAACUUGAGAGACAAAUGGCUGUCCUUCGAUGUCACAGAGACCCUGCAGGAGUGGCUUAAAGGAACAGAAGACGAACAUGGUUUUCAAGUCCGGCUGUUCUGUGAAUGCAGCCAGGCGAGCAGCGACAUCGGCUUCAGUUUUGAAAUUUCUGGGAUUGGGAAAGAAAGGGGAGACAAGGCGUUGUUGAAUGAGAUGACGCAGCAACCGCCCUACAUCUUUACCAUGUCCAUCCCUCAAAACACGAGCAGCCACCUCACCUCCCGAAAAAAACGCUCCACAGACACGAAGGACACCUGUACAGCCCAGACAGAGACAUGCUGCGUGAGGAGCUUGUACAUCGACUUCAGAAAAGAUCUGGGUUGGAAGUGGAUACAUAAGCCAACAGGCUAUCUCGCUAACUACUGCAUGGGGUCCUGCACCUACAUAUGGAAUGCUGAAAACAAAUAUUCUCAGAUUUUGGCCUUGUAUAAGCAUCACAACCCAGGAGCCUCUGCCCAGCCCUGCUGUGUUCCUCAGGCACUGGAGCCACUGUCAAUCAUCUACUACGUGGGCAGGCAACACAAGAUGGAGCAGCUGUCCAAUAUGAUUGUGAAGUCCUGCAAGUGUAGCUAAACAUGCAAGGCACAUUGCUCUGCCUCCCCUCGAGCAUACACAGACAUGGACAAGUUGUGUUUGGGACCACAGAGGGGAGCGAAGUGGCAGAGAUUAAGAGGAUGACGAUAAUGUGGACAAGGGCAACAAGGCGUUUCAAGUCAACAGGAUCUUGGUGGCCCAUCUUUCCUCUUGCAACUCUGCCGUCAACACGACGAAAGCACAUCAACACAUGAACUUCUUUAUAUAGAUAUUGUAGAUCAUAUUUUGUACAUAUUUUUUUCCCACGCAGUCGUAAAUAUAUCUGUCUUUAAAUGAAUUUAUUUAUUUAGUGGAGGGACAGAUCUGUAAAGAAAUGGUAAAAAAAACAAAAAAGUGUCCGUUUGACAUGGAAAAUAAUUAAAAUGAUUUAUCAUGUGGACAAAGAAAUGCCAAAGGACUUGAGGACCAAAAUGACCUAGACGGAAAAUGUUUUUUUUCCUACAGAGGAUGAUGGUCAAAGGCAUUUCUAUUUGCCAUAUCAUCUUCCUGGAGAGGUCAUAGUUAAAGGUGCUAAGUGGUUGUUGGGGUUUUCCGCGAAGAUAAUGCCACAGGUGUGUUUGGAGAGAGUAACGACAGCAUGCAGACGACCGCAUAAGGGACAGUCCGACCCGGGGGGGUUCCCUUUGAGCAACGUUUCAAAGGGAACCGUCCAUCAGUUUGACUUUGUUUGUUUUUCAACCCAUGUGAUUUAUACAACGCUUUUUGUCCAUUUGUUUGUGUUCAUAGCUGAAUGCCUGCUUGUCCUUAUGAAACUGCCCGUGCUGCCAAAGCCAUGAGUAAUAUCAGUGUUUGUAAGAGUGAUGACACCAUGUUUUUUUCCUGCUCAGGAUUUACAGCCAGCCUGUUGUCUCUAUGUGCUGAGGGGUCAGGGGAUGUGGUUGUGGUGUUAGUUUAAGGGAAGCCAUUCAGACUCAAUACACACAUUUCAUGUUUUUUUUCCUGUUAUUUGCCAUUCAGACUCAAUACACACAUUUCAUGUUUUUUUCCUGUUAUUUGCCGUAGUAAAGUAGGGACGAUUUAUUGCCUUUUAUUCCAGGACAAGUUUUUACUUUCAACUGAAGUGUGUUGCCUUUUGCACAACUCAAUAAAUAAGUUCAGCUUCUGUUAUUUGUUUUACAGUAGGACCACAACCAUACUCAUUUUGUCAGUUUAUCAUAUUUUAAAGGUGCACUUAGUUGUUUUGUUUUUUUUAUUUUAUUUGCUUUUGUAGAUAUUUAAAAAAAAUCUGAAAUAAACAUUGAUGUUAAAUUAU